GGACGAGCAUGGAAAAACCUUUCUGACAUCACGAUUGUGUAAAAAUAGAAAAGUUUGUAUUGAUAUUCGGAAGGGAAUCCCAGAAGAACAAUCCGACAAAAAUCGCGAUCAUCGGUGUUUAAAACGAAGGAUCAGCUUCUUUUUCCUGCUGAAAAUCUGGGCAGCUCAUGAAUACGCAGCCCAGGAGAGUUCCCCCAGGGGAGUCGCAGUAUCCCAGAGUUAUCGCCCCUUCAGCUCAACAGCGAUUUGACAUACCAGUGGGAGCGGCAGAAAACUUGGCACAAAUUCAGUUUCCUAUGCACAGCUUCCCGACUACACAGUCACAUGUUCAUUCAAGCGGAAUGCAUCACCAACCGAAUCCAGCAUUGUCCGGUCACCACGGUCCACCGACAGGUCAAGGGUCAACCCAGCCCUCCAUCCAGCAAGCACACUCCCAGGGGCAACCCCCGCAGGCCCACUCCGCUACCACUCAGGGUCAGCAGCAGCAGCAGUUCCAGAGACUGAAGGUAGAAGACGCGCUGUCCUAUCUCGACCAAGUCAAGCUACAGUUCGGGAACCAGCCCCAGGUCUACAAUGAUUUCCUGGACAUCAUGAAAGAGUUCAAGUCACAAACAAUUGACACCCCAGGAGUUAUCAAUCGAGUGUCCAACUUGUUCAAAGGCCAUCCUGACCUGAUUGUGGGCUUUAAUACGUUCCUUCCCCCGGGCUACAAGAUCGAGGUCCAGGCCAAUGAGAUCAGCGUCCACCAGCCGGGUCAGCAGACACUGUGUAUCCCAACAAACACCCCAAUCAUGCUGCCCUCCGCCACGCCAAUGCCUGGGCAUAAGUUAGACAUGUUCUCCUUGCCCCAGAAGACGACCCCACCCCCGGCCCACAUGCCCAGCACCCCCACCCACGGGUCCUCCCACCACUCCUACCAUCAGUCGCCCCACCGUGGGGGAUCAGAGCCGAUGGGAGCCACCAACCAGAGCCACCAACCCCAGCCCCAGCAGCCCCAGGCCGGACAGCCGGUGGAGUUCAACCACGCCAUCAACUACGUCAACAAAAUCAAGAAUCGUUUCCAAGGCCAACCAGAGAUCUAUAAAGCGUUCCUGGAGAUUCUACACACCUACCAGAAGGAACAACGGAACCUCAAAGAAGGAAUAGUCUCCCCUGGCUGUAAGCCCCUGACUGAGGCUGAGGUCUACUCCCAGGUGGCCAAGCUGUUCCAGAACCAGGAAGACUUACUGGCCGAGUUUGGUCAAUUUCUGCCCGACGCCAAUGGGUCGUCAUACGGAGGAUAUCUGAACAUGUUACAGACUGACAGCUCCUCCCUGGGGGUCAGAAAUGACCACUCCUCUACCGUCAAGAAACCUUCCCUGGGCAAUAAAAGUCAGAUGGGGAAGAGUGGAAAUCAGCACAGACGACCCUCAGGCGGGCCUCAGCCCCCACAGAAGAAACAGAGAACGGGAACCUUGAAAGACAUCUCACUCGCUGAGGCCGGAAGAUACGGAACUCUGAAUGAGUUUGCCUUCUUUGAUAAAGUGAGGAAGUUCCUGAAGCACCCUGAGGUUUACGAGAAUUUCCUGCGAUGUCUGGUUCUGUUUAACCAGGAGGUGAUUUCCCGUACAGAGCUGGUCCAGCUGGUACAGACCUUCCUACAGAGGUCCCCUGAGUUGUACAAGUGGUUUAAGGAUUUCCUGGGAUACAAGGAGUCGGGUGGUACCACAGAGGCAGUACCCCAAGGUGCCCUGGGGAAGGAGAGAGUCAGCGGGGAGCUGGCCAUGGAAAUAGACUAUGCCACAUGUAAGAGGUACGGAGCCAGUUACAGAGCACUGCCCAAGUCCUACCCCCAGCCCAAGUGUUCAGGGCGGACCCCACUCUGUAGAGAGGUACUGAAUGACACCUGGGUUUCCUUCCCUUCCUGGUCCGAGGAUUCCACGUUUGUGACGUCACGGAAAACCCAGUACGAGGAGCAUAUCUACCGCUGUGAGGACGAGAGGUUUGAGCUUGAUGUUGUCGUGGAGACAAACUUGGCCACUAUUCGUUGCCUGGAGGCAGUACAGAAGAAAAUGAGUCGCAUGAGCUCAGAGGAAGCUGCUAAAUUCCGAUUGGACAACUCCCUGGGCGGGUCAUCUGAUGUUCUACAGAGGAAAUCCAUACAGAGAAUAUAUGGAGACAAAGCUCCGGACAUUAUUGACGGUCUGAAGAAGAACCCUGUUGUAGCAGUACCUCUAGUUCUGAGGAGAUUGAAGGCCAAGGAGGAGGAGUGGCGUGAGGCCCAAAGGAACUUUAACAAGAUUUGGAGAGAGCAGAAUGAGAAGUACUAUCUCAAGUCACUGGAUCAUCAGGGAAUUAACUUCAAACAAAACGAUGUCAAGGCCAUCAGAUCUAAAGGUCUCCUCAAUGAGAUAGAGACUAUAUAUGAUGAGCGGUCAGAACAGGAGACUGAGAGUGCUGAAGCAUUUAACCCCCACCUGAGUUACGUGUACAAGGACAGGUCUGUCAUCGAGGACGCAGCCUCCCUCAUCCUACAUCACAUGAAGAGACAAGCCGGAAUUCACAAAGAUGACAAACAUAAGAUCAAGCUGUUGUUACGUCAGCUGAUACCGGAUCUGUUCUUCAUGCCGCGACAGGAAAUGAGUGACGACGAAGAAGAAGAUGAUAUGGAUGUUGAUGAUGCAGACAAGGAAAUGCCAAAAGCAGAAGAAAAGAGAGAAUUGGAUAAGGACAAAUCUGCAAGUUCAGGGAAAAAUGGAAAAGAGGGUGAAGAGGUGAAGGUCAAAGAGGAGAAGAUUGACCCGGAGAUAAAAAUGGAGGAAGAAGAUGAGAGUAAAUCUGCCGACUCGGCUCUUGUCAACGGUGACCAGGAGGAAAACACUAACGACGACGACAUGGAGGAUGAUGAUGUUUAUUCCCUAUUCUUUGUAAACAAUAAUUGGUAUCUGUUUUUCCGCCUCCAUCAAAUUCUCUGUGAACGCCUGUACAAGAUAUACACGUAUUCUGUUAAAAUUGCCGCAGAGGAGGCGCAGUGUAGAAAAGACAGAAAGGAAUCUACUGCAGUGGCCCUCAGACUCAAAGCUCCAAGCGAGAUUGAGCCAGAGGAGUAUUAUCCAUACUUCCUGGAGAUGGUGAAGAGUUUGCUGGACGGGAACCUAGAAUCUACACAGUAUGAGGACCAGCUAAGAGAGAUGUACGGUAUCCAUGCCUACAUCGCCUUCACCAUGGAGAAGUUGGUACAGAACCUUGUCAGACAGAUGCAGCACAUUGUCCAGGAUGAGGUCUGUGUGAAGAUCACUGCAUUGUUCCAGGAAGAACGCAAGAACAACGCCACAGGGGGACGAGUGGCCACUGUCCAUCAGCGGUCAGCCAAGGAGAGUGCUUACCAGAAAAAGGCCGAACAAUGUCUCAGUGAGGAAAACUGCUUCAAGGUUGUCAUUUUCAAGAAAGAGUGUAAGUUGACCUUUGAACUCCUGGACACUGACCAUGAGCAGUCUGAUGAUCCAAUAGAAGUGGAGCGUUGGUCUGAGUAUGUAGAGAAGUACGUCUCCAAGGACGACACUGUGUCAGAAGACUUGAAAGAACACCUUAACCGUAAACCUGUCUUCUUACCCAGGAAUGUGAGACAGUGGAGACUUCACCAGAAGAAUCAGAAAUCUCGGUCAGACACAGAGACAGAGGAAAUUCCAGGGUCCCCUAAACAGUCAACAGAGGAUAUGGACAUACUGGACAACACAGAGUGUAAAUUUAACGUCAACUCAUUCAAAAUUGUGUACGUCGUUAACAGCGAAUACUAUCUGUACAAGCGUACAGCACUCACCAAGGCAAGGGAGUCACACAAGAGAGUGUCCCUAAAGCUCCAUGACAAAUUCUCCACCUGGAUAAAUCGCUGGAGGGAGGAAAAUUUAACGGAAGAUCAGAAGUCAGUGUGCGAGGAUUGGCUGAUGGGACGUACUGAGGAUCUAGUGGCAUGUACCACCACAAAGGAGUCGUGCGGUGCCGAGGAUGCCACGCCCUACUUCACCUUUAACAAAUACAAGGUGGAGUAUGAAUACGAGACCAAAAGUGAGGCAGGGGAACCAGCUGAACCAGUCAAAGAGGCCACCAGUUAAGGAGGAUACAAUGAAGCUACUAAUAACAACCUUAGUUUCAGCAAAUACUUGGUUUACAUUAUCUGAAUAUAAAUAUAAGAGGAACAUGAACUGAUGCAGUUAAAGUUAGAGGAAUGGAUACAAUUAAACAAAACUCUUUUUUCUAUAUCUGAAAGGGCAAAUGCAUUCAACUGAUUGUCAUUAUUUACAUAGGUUGACAGUUUGUAGAUGAUGAUGAAUUUCUAUUUCUUAAAGGUUGCCUGUCAUAUAAUCAUGGGAAUAUUUAGAUUUUAUUUACACAUGCCUGUUUAUUUCAUGCCAACAUGCAGGUUAUUGCUGUAGAAUUAAAAAUGUCAUCAGAUUGAUU